UGUUGUUCCGCCCCCAAAAAUAGACGAACCCCCGACCAGAGCCCAGACCCUCCGCCUGGACCCUCCGAAGAUCAGCAACACUACAUAGUAGACUACCCCAGAAGCCAUUCACCUUGUUAAGAAUGCGAAAUUUGCAGUGGCAUGCAAUGGGGAGUUGCGGAAAGCGUUUCUAGGGUUGCAGAUACACUACAGCUUGUUUAUUCUGGUGACUGGUUGGCAUUGAUCGCCAAAGCGCUAAUUCGUGUCAAUGUUGGAAGUAUCGGACAAGCUUAUUUGGUCCAUCUCUACUACGUACAGUACCUGAAGGACGGAGCAACCAGAAAGAACAAUACUUAAUAUUGGCAUCUGGGCUGGUAGAUGCGACUUGAGCCAUUGAACUACUCAGCCUUUCUUCUACUAAGCCCAGCUGGCACCGGCAUCCCCAUCUCUUCUUCUCGUCCAACAUUUUUUCAGUGAGGACAGCUCAAUGACAAUGGCCUCAACAAUGACGAUGACGCUACCCUCUGCAGCAUCAGCAACAACAUCAACUCUCCCAACAAACGAACCAUACUGUCCAAACUGUGGCCGUUCCCUCCCCUCUCCGACCUCUGAUCCACACAAAGCUCUCCUCGAAGCACAGCGCCAAAUCGAAGACCUACAAGCACAAGUACGACUUCUCAACCAGAAGGCGACAGCAGCAGCAGACCGAUGGGCAGACUACGAAGACGAACUGUCACGGCUUCGUGCCGCAUCUACGAGCACCAAUUCCACCACCACGACAUCCACAAAGAACAACAGCAGCAGCAACGGUACCAAUAACAACAGGCCUCACACUCCGGAUCCCAGCGUAAGCAACAGCCCACGCUCCUCAUUUCUCGGGGCCGGCGCCUCACGAAUAAGCCAACUAUUAUCUCCACGGAAAUCACCCACCACGGGCCCCUCUUCCACGCCUCCACCUACCACAACUUCGUCAAAUGCCACCGCAACGCCACAGCAGCAGGAACAGCAACAACGAGGGAGCUUAUCAUCCGUCUCUUCCCCUGCACUGCCCCACGAUAGUCAUGCAGCUGAAGCCCGAGGCCUGAUGAAGGCACUGGCCCACGAGCGCCGAUUACGCGCCGCGGCCGAGGAGAAGCUAGAGGCGACGAAUCGGGAGGUAGAGGAUCUCAGUGCGUCGCUGUUUGAGCAGGCGAAUAACAUGGUGGCAACGGAGCGACGGGCACGCGCCGCCCUCGAAGAACGGCUCAAUGAGCUGGGACAGCGAGAAGAAGAGAAGAAGGCGCGCAUUGGACGGUUGGAGGGAGCGGUUAUGAGGAUUGAGCGUGUUAGAGUUAUGCUGGAGGAUCAAGAAAUAGAGAUGGAUGGGGGAGAGGAAGAGGAGGAUGGAGAUGGAGAAACAGCAGAGGAAGAGAUCGAAGGAGAAGAGACACACACGAGGCAAGAGAGGGGGAGGGAAAAGAGAAUAGGAGAUGAUGGAAAGACAGAAGAGGAAGAAGACGAUAAAGCAAGUAUCAGGGGAGGCGGUAACAAAGAAGCCAAACAGACCGGUGGGAUUCCUCAAGCCGCAGACUGAUUGAUGAGAGGGGGGUACGGCCAUUUAUCUAUUACCCACCCAAGGGAUCGGUCGCGACAUCAGCAG